UGCUCUUCUUCUCUGCUUCCACACAAUCUUUGUGGGCCGGCGUGACGUCGCCCAGCUCCGCCUCUUUAUGCAAAACCGCCCUCGGUAUCCGGAAAUUAACAAUCCCGUGAUGUCAGGGCAGUGCUAGCCUUCGUAGCGUCGGAAUGACUUAAGUGCCUUCCUCGGCUCGGUCCUGAAAACUUUCCGGGCUGUUGCUGUCAGCUAACAGUGUACCUCCGCCGUCGUCCGCCGACAUGGGGUUAACGGGUCUGAAGGCUGGCAGAAGGACGUGUCCUUCCGCACGGACGGGACGAAGCCUCUCGUAGGACCUAACAGGAUGCCCCUCGGUUAGCCUCUCCGGAGCCUGAGGUCAGAUUUCUGUGCCACACAAGCUAGCAGGCUUGUUCGAAGCUAUUCCGAGUUAUGGCGCGGCUGGUGUUGGAGCAACUGUCAGAUUUUGGGGACUAUACAGGCGGCAAAGAGCUGACCGAGAUCUUCAAAGUGGCCAGCAACGAGCAUAAAAAUAUCCUGCCAAGUGUUCGCCUGAGCCCAGAUGGACGUCACAUCCACGUUAACCUCCGCAAGCCUAAGGUCGGUCUUGUGACUUUUGACAAGUGUGACAGACCCCAGCUGACCCAGAGCCAGCAGAGGCUGGAUUUGUGUCCGACACGUACCGUGCCAGUCGUGGAUAUUUUGUAUCUGGACCACAACAACAACAGCAGCAGCAGAGGCGCGGCGGCGGUGGCCGUGGUUUAUGAGGAUGGGAAAGCUGAGUUCUGGAAAUUCCGGGAGUGCAAAGCCGGCUGGCAUCUCCUGCAGACGUCAGACUUGUGCAACAGCCCCCGAGCAAAAGUGGUGUCCGUCUGUGCCUGCUCCAAUCUCAUCAUCUGGUGUGAGGAGAGGCCGGCCUCGGAGAGCUCCCCUGCCCUCAGCUCCACCAGGAACAAGCUGAGAUACUGUGUCUGCAGACGGGACUUUGAGGUGGAGGAAGGGGCUGUCAGCCUGGGGGGAGUGAAAAUCGCCCUGCACAAUAAUCCUAAAUUCACCGUGGUCAGCUCGGGCGAGUACGUGCACCUCCUCCCUGACCUGAAAGCAAAGUCGCUGUUGAGCAUCUCCAGUUUUUUCCUCUCCUGGUCCCCUCACCAUGACUCCUUCACAGUCAGCACCGCAUGUAAGAACACUCCCCUGAAGAGGCUGUCGGCCAAAGAAUCCGACUUUAAGCGGUUGGUGACGGACUGUUUGGGAUAUUUAUCGACUCUCGAGCCGCCCGAGAUCUGCAGCGUCUCUCCUGCAGCCUGCGGAGGCCUGCUGCUGCUGCUCAGCACGGGCUGGGUGUGCCUUCUGGAGAAGGAAGGGGUGCUGCGACAGGUGUACAAACUGGCAGACAGCUGCUCGGUAAAAUGCGGGGCGCACGCUAGCCUCUGCAUGUAUGAGGACACCCUGGCGCUGCUGGUGGGGCAGAACCUGCACUUGAUCGACUUGAAUUGCGGAAGAGAGCUGGAGAGGAUCGCGCUGAAGAAAGAGGGGUUAUUAUUUACGAACCGGGCCGAAAGCUGCACCCCUCACCUGAUCUCAGAGACUGGACUUUUUGUGGUCGUGAAGAAGGAGACGGACUCCAGAGACUGCAGUACUAAGGCAAGCACGGUGGACAGUCUUCAUCCUGGAGCCCUCCUGGUGGAAGCUGUCUUCGAGGAGGCCUGUAAAUACUACCAGCAGAGGAGCCUGAGCAGCACCCAGCUCACUGUGGACGCGCUGAAGAAAGGAGGCAGGUUCCAGGCUCCCAUCUCUCUAGCCUCCAUCCUCAGGAACUACCUCAACGUGGGGUCGUGGCAGAAAGGAUCAGAGCUACCCCAGAAUGGAGGAGCCGGUCGCACAGCGGGGCAGGACAAGCUAAUGGGCUCCCUGGAGGCUGAGCUCAAGGCUCUGGUUUCUCUGGAGGAGGUGAAGGGGAGCUUGGUGAGGGGAAGCGCGAAAGAGGUGGAGGCGGUGUGCGAAGACCUGGUCGAGAAAGAGGUCACCAGGCUGCUGUCGUCCUCGGAGCUGGAUAAUGAGUCUCUGCUUUACCUCAACUCCAUCUUCAGCCUGUUUCCCCACCAGAUGUGGAGGGCAGUGCAGGCUGCCCUUCAGCUACACUACAACGGGGAGGGCUCUCUGUCCAGCAGGGCUCCCCCGGACGUGUGGAAAACCGUCCUCAGUCCUGCUGUGACAGCCAGCGCCCCGGCCUCCCUCCCUCUGACGAACGGCAGGCCGAAACACAAUCACAGCCUCAAAGGCGAUCACGUAACCAACUGCAGAGCCAAACCUACAAGCCCCUGUCCCUCAGCCGCCCUGCCUGUGUUUGAGCUCCUCUGCCGCUCAGUCUUUCACUUCCAGCCAAGCUGGUUGCCCAGGUUCCUCGAGCUCGCCCAGGAGCAGCAGGGCUCAGCCGGCCUGGGCCUGAGCCUGGCCUCAUCCUCCUGGAGCUUCUCCAGCGGGCGAGGAGGGGAGGGCGGGGAGAACAACGUGCCGCUCUACAAACGAGCCCUGUGCGUCUUGUCCAGCCUGAGGCCGGACAGAGACCUGCACCAGGACUUGGAGGUGGAGCUGCUGCUGGUCAGCGGGCGGCCCAACGCCAUCCUCCAGGCUCUGAGGAUCCUCAUGGCCAAGCAGCAGUGGGAGCGGGUCAUGCAGGUGGCGCAGAAGUUCUGCAAGCAGAGUCCGCUGCUCAACAAGGAGAUUUUCACCGUUCUGCUGUGCGAGGUGGCCCAGCACAGAGACCUGGACCCCUACCUGGAGCUGCUGUGGGUGCUGUGCCCAGAGGACCUGACUGUCACCACUAUUCUCAACUUGGUGCUGAAAAACCUCCCCUCUCCGAACACACCGCCCUCAUCCUCCUUCUCCAUGUCCAGCACAUCUCCCUCAUCCCCUGCUCCCUUCGCGGACUCCCAGAGCAGCCAGCUGACCAUCGGGCUGUUGAAACCUCUGCUGAGGAAAGUCCUUCAGAGGGAGACCAAACCCAGCCAGCGCUACGCUGACAUCCUCCAGUCGCCGACGUUCCCGCCCCCCGCGCCUCCGCGGCAGCCUGUGGAGCAGCCCGGCACGGACUCAGCUCUGGGCGGCCAUGUCGCACCCGAACAACAACAGUCGUCCACACACACAUCUGUCCCACAAGCCAGGGUGACACUACCUGCAAACUCAGUGUGAUUUAUGAACAGACACUGAGCAUGGAGAACAAGACACCCGUCUCACGAAUCAUUCCACACUGUGAAGCUGUGUGACAAUCAGCUUAAAACAGAACAGCAUCUUACCGGUACCAUCAGUGUAAUGCAGUAUAUUGUGAUGUUUGACGGUGUUUUUAAAGCGAGUGGUAACGUCAGACAAAGUACGACUACUAGAAAACUAUGAAAUGACUACUGAAGAUCUUACCAGUGUAAAUACUGCAGGUGAUUUUAAGUCUUAAUGUGUAUAUAAUGUAUCUGCAUUGUUAUUUAUCUCUUAAGCCUUUACUGCACAUGGAUGAGAACAUCAUCACCUAGACUUGCUUCAAAUAAGCUUAGCCUUCAUCAGAACAUCAGCAGUAAAUGAUGUGAUGUGUUAACACAGCAUAGUGUCAAAAAAACAAAAGACAAAGCCACUAACUCCCUUUUUGGGGGUUUAUCGUAUCUGUUUGUAGAAUACGUUUAGCCUUUAAAGUAGCUGAAGUCUAAUUGUAGCCCAGUAUAGCUGCCUUUAACUUGGUGCCGUCAGAGUGCUCAUGCAGUAAUCUAUCCAGACAAGCAGGUCUUUGUGUUCAAAUGUUUGUUUUAAGUGUGGUAUGGUUUAGAAGAGGAGGAGGAGGAGGAGAAGAGUGAAGGGGGGUUCAAGGUUCCUUUACUGACUUUUCCAUGUUGUACUUAACAUAUCACAGGUGCUUAAACAUUAACCUGGUUUCCAUGGGCUAAAACACCCCAUAUAAUCUCGGUUAAACAAGCCCACAACAGUCGGCCUGUGCAGUUUCCUCCCUCCAUUAGUUUUUUCCCCCCCUUUGCCCUGUCGUCCAUUUGUGUCUCGAGACUCCAUCUUGUCCACUGAGCUCCCUCACAGGACAUUCCAGACCGAAUAACCAGUAGAAGUGACUCACAGUUUGACUUUAAAUUCAAUUUCGGAGCUAAUUCUGUUAGGGAUUCAGAGCGCGGGUUGGGUGCGUUGUGACUAACAUGGGUGCCCCUGCUGCUGCUGCUCACAUAAGAUCACCGUGCACGUCUUCCUUCAUGGACCCAGUGAGGUUAAUGUUAUUAGAGAUGUUAGGCCCUAUGUAUUCCUGUCCCCUGGUAGUUUUUCCCUCCAUGCUCUGAAACUGAUUGCACUUUUAUUUAUCAACCCCAGUCAGUAUUGUUUGUACCACGCUUUUGUCAUGUGUAGAGAUGAAUGUUUGCUGAUAAGUGCUGUAAACAAAAGUGUAUUUAAGUGCCUUCUGGCUUUUGUUAGUCAAAGAAAGUGUUUGUUUUUUUGUCUAUGUGAAUGUCGAAUGCCCUCUCAAAACAAAAUGUCAUUCAUUUUAGAACAAUCAAUGGGCGAAUACUAGAAUGAUAACCCGAUGCCCUGCGCAGGAAAGGGAGGCAGAGAAAGCGGGAGGCAGAGAGUCUCGUGACAUGUCUUUGAGUGACAGUCAGACUCCAAAAAUGCUGCGGGACAAUCAGAGCGCCUUUCACAGAGCUCUUCAUUUACAGGGCAGUGUCACAUUCCUGCUGCGUCUCCCCAGCUCCACUCUUAUAUUCAGGAGAAAGAACUGGAGGUAGAUCAGAGGACCAGCACAGUGUGUUAUAGUGGCUAACAGUAAAACGCUGUUUUUAUUGCAGUAUGAAACUCUGCCGAUUCCUCACUCUGGUCUGGUGUAUUCAUAUUGUCACUACAAGCUCUGCACACUUGAACAAACAUGACUGUGCAGUGCUCUGACUUUCGAUUCGUGCUAGACAAGAUUGAGUCCAUCUGAGAGUCACUGGGAACUCCCUGACUUCCCCAGACAGGCUGCUCAGCCUGAUGCCAACACUGUCCAGAUGCUGAAUAUUAAUUUGCCUCAAACUUUGCUUCUGGUUUCUGUUAACAAAUAGGAAUUCCUCCUGGACUUGCUCAGCAAAGUUCUGCUUCUGCAUUGUUUACUUUGUUUAUUUUUUCGGUGAUGCUCUACUUUAAGCGAUAUUUGAAAAAAGAAAAUGUAUACGAGUAUUUAUGAAUGGAUGCUGUAUGCUAUUAAACUGAAGACAAAACUUC